UCUGGGUGGUCUAUAAUUAAUUAUGGCCUCGAUGCUGAAAGGUGUAUGUUUUGUAUUGCUCAUAGUAAUAACUGCUGUAUUUGGGCUUCAUGUUCUCUUCAUUCCAGCUAUUCUCACAUUCUUCAUUAGUCCUGGCCUCCACACCGUCUAUGUGUCUGGUAUACUCUAUUUUUGGACACAUUUAGUCUCUGGUUUGUUUGAACUUUUAGGCAUAAGAAUGAAAUUAGUUGGUGACCUGAAGAAAGUAUCUAAAAGUGUUCCAACUUUAAUAAUACUGAAUCACAGGACUCGUUUUGACUGGUUCUUCCUCUUUACAAUGCUUCGACAUGUUGGACGACUUGGAAAUGUUCGCAUCAUUCUCAAGUCCUCAUUAAAGAGUGUACCGAUUUUUGGCCCGGGAACGCAAUUAUUAAAUUUCAUAUUUUUAAAAAGAAAGUGGGCAGAAGACGAAGUGCAUCUUACCGAAUCAAUUCAGUACUACGCUGAUAUGAAAUUUCCCAUGGAAUUGGUAAUCUUUCCUGAAGGUACAGACUUGUCUCCAGGGAAUAGACAGCGUGAUAAAGACUAUGCCCUUAAGAAUAACUUGCCUCUCAAUAAAUGCGUCCUGCAUCCACGAACAACCGGUUUUGUUAAAUGCGUAAGGACUUUAAAAGAAGAGAACAGGUAUCCUUAUUUUGAUGUGUGUGACGUUUCUAUUGGAUAUAUUGGAGACAUACCUCAAGGAGAAAGCCAGCUUGUAAAAGGUCAUUGGCCUAAGGAAAUUCAUUUUCAUAUCAAGUAUCAUCCAUCAUCAAGCCUGCCUUCAUCAGAUGAAGAGCUAGGUGAAUGGCUAAAGAAGAGAUGGCGUGAAAAAGAUGAACUACUGACACAGUUUUAUGAGACCAAUUCGUUCCCUGGCCCUGUUCUGAGAGAGACUUUGAUGUCACGACUGAAGAUUUUAGCAUUAUUGGUGGGAUGGCUCGUGCUAUGUACAGCUGUUAUUUACUACUGGAUACAAGCAACUUUAUGCAUGACAAUCAUAAUGGGAAUACCAUUUGUCAUUCAUUACGUUGUUAACAAGCGAUUUGAUGGAUGGGAUAAGUUAAUGCUAAGGAAAUGGAAAGUAAAGAAAAGAGACUGAGACUAUUGUAAUUUAUCUUCAAUAGCUAAUAUUUUUUCAACAAAAUUAAUUUUUCUUA